AUGAAUACCCUAGCAACCGAGAUUCUGCUACUCAUCACAGAGCAAAUUCAAACAUUCGAAGCUGAGGACCAAAUUGUGACGCUCCAAACCCUUCUCCACGUGAAUCGACAGUGGCACGCCUUUGCAAAGCCGGCUCUCGAUCAGAUCCUAGACUCAAAAUACUUUAGCAUGGUAGUAUUGCCGCCAUGGAUGAAGAGCAGGACACAAAAGGAAGAUAUUAGAGAGUCUCUGUGGCAACUUAACGCUCUCGAAGCAUACUACUGGAGUUUCCGGCAGCAUCCUGAAAAGUAUCGACGCUAUGUAAUGUUCCGCACGAUCCCUUCUCAACCGAUUGGUCUCUCGUGGAAUGAAGAGCUGUCUACCUUUGAAACAUCAAUCGUGAACGAUCCACCAAACGUGCAGUAUCUUUGGCCCUGGGCUGAGUGGAGGACUUUGAAAAGGGGCAAGGCUUAUCUGAUUCAUCACUUCCUCGAAGACCCCACGUGCCCUUACUUACAGUGCAGAUAUCGCCAGAAAGGGGACAUGAUAAUGAUAUGGUGGGACUUCUCUAAAGGAGCUGCUAAAAGGCAACAUCAUCUACGCGGGGCAAUUCGCCAGGGAAAUCUCGAUAUCAUUGGACUUACAGGUUUCGUUAUAUGCCUUUAUAUCUUGAUACCAUGCUUUCUUGCGAUCUAUCACCGAUCACAGCAUCGCACUGAAAGUGAUCCGGUUGCAGCCACGCCCACGGUCAUACGCCUUUAUCGCGGACAGGAUCUAGGGACUGUCGUCGCAGGGCACACAUUCACUGCCAUGGACAAUAAGCCACAGAGUUCAAUGGAAAUUGAGCACCUGAGAGGCAAAUUAGUGACUGAAGAAUGGAAUGUUUCUAAAGCAAACAGCAGAGUCGAAAGCUUCAGGCGCGAGGCGGCUGAGCGACGAGCAGCACCGUGCGAGUCUUGUCAGCAGGAUCAGAUUACCGAACGGAUGCAGAGAAAGGAUAAGAGGGCGCUUGGUGAUGCCAGACAAGAGAUUGACCGGCUUAAGUUUGAAGUGAUACCCGCUUUGAGAGCAAAAAUCCAAGCCGAGAUCACCAGAAAGGUAGAACAGAGCUUGUACCACGAGAUAUCAGAGUCCAAAACAGGGGAGUUGACGUCGAGAGAAGAAGCGAGGAAGGCUCGUGAAUGCGUAGAGAAGGCAAUCAAACGCGAAAAGAUGGCAGUUGCGCAGGCAAAAGAGUACAAGGCCCAGAUCAAGGAACAGAAACUGCUUCAUACCCUUGAAAUGAUCAAUGCGACCAGUAUUCAAGAUGAAUUACACUCGGAGAAAGUUCGAUGUAUCAACGCAGACCACGCCCAGGAAUCUGAAAAUUGGAUUUCAGAGAAGGAGAAUCUUCAGAAGGAUCGAAAGGUUAUAGAACGUGGUCACGAAAUCCAGGUUCGGACUUUAAGCCAAACUCUUGCCAAACAUGAAAGAAUAGCGAAGGAGUGGGCCUGGACCAAGAGUGAGGCGAACGUUCUUGAGAAAUUAAAGGAAAUAGACAUAUCAGAGUUCCACACAGUCAUCGAUCCCGUUCAUCAGAGAUUAAUCCAGAUCAUUGCUGCCAUCCACGAGAGUCUGAAGGUCUCUCACCAUAUCCAGCACGGAUGGGCAUACCAGCACCAUGUCACACCGUUUGACCCGUUUUUCUCGGAAGUGAAGCAAGUGGUACGCAAAUUGAAUGAUCGAGCUGCAGUGGCGAUCGUACAAUGCACAGAUAAUACAGUUCCAACUUCUAAAGCCAUUGAAGCAAAGACAAAUGACACACCUGUCGUUCAACAUUUGCACACUACUCAAGAUAACAUAAAUACCUCAAGACAAGCCCCCAAGAAUCCAGCAAGCUGCCUUAUUACAUCCGAAAAAGCUCAUCCUCAAAACGCUCCUUGCAAGAACGCAGAUAAGAAGCUUCCUUCGCAGACACGGCCUAUUCUACAUAUAACACAGGAAAAUGUCACUGCAGUACCAAGAGAUGACAUGGUACAACAGCCGCCCUUUCUUUUCGAUCCCAAAGUGAAAGAUACUAGCGGAAGCCAAGCCGCCACGCCAAAGGAGAGAAAGCAGUUGGGACCUCUGGGGAAAUCUGACAAAGAUGGUCUACGACGCAAGGUCGGGAUUAAGGCUACCACUAAAGCAUUCGAAACAGCCCUCAAACCGGUUCAUACAGCGACUAAAGUUAUUGAGUCUACAAAAGACAAUGUCGAGGGCAGCAGACCCAUUGACAAUAGCAAGGCGGGCAAAGAUCUUCAGGAUCAGGCAGCAGGUCCGACAGCGAUAAUUUCAGAGACUAACAACUCAAGCGUGAAGACGGAUAAUGCAGGCAAAGAACAUGAGGAACAGACAGCAAGUCCGGCAGCUAAAACUGAAGAUAUUAGCAGCACACAUGUGGAAAUAGAUAAAGAAGGCAAGGCUCCUCAUAAGAAGGCAAUAAAUCAGACCGCUCAGCUCAAAGAGAGCGAGGAUGAAGAUAUUGAGAUGAGAAUUGCAGGCAAAGGUCUUCAAGAAGAAGCACCGAGUCAGACGGUUCAACUCGUAAAGAGCGGCGACAAAGAUGUCGACAUGGAAAAUGCAGACAAGAGUCUUCACGAAGAGACAACAAGUCAGACUGUUCAGCUCGUAGGGAGCAAGGAUGAAGAUGUGGAAAUGAAAACCACAGGCAAGGCUCUUCAAGAAGAGGCAAUAAGCCACACCGCCGCUCAGCUCGUAGAGAGCAACAACGACGACGUGGAGAUGAGCAAUGGGCCCCUAAAGCCUGAACUUCAUGAACAGCUACACGAAAAAAGGACUGGUUUCGGUACCAACACUCGGAACUCAUCCGCAUUCAAUCCCAACACUAUGAAAUCAUCUACCUUUGGGUUUGGCACCUCGAAUUCGUCCACUUUCAAUCCUGGCAGCCUGCUUUCGUCGACAGCCAAUCCCUAUAUCACGAACACGUCUACCACGAAUCCUCAUACAUCGAACCCAUCUACCGCCAGUCCUCACACUUCCACCUCUUCUGCUUUUACUCCUUACACCUUUAACCCAUCCACCGCCAAUCCAUAUAUCUCGAACCCCUUUACCGCCAAUCCGUACACAUCGAAUAGGCAAACCUCCAAUGUAGCAGAGCCUUUCAGUCACAAUGUAUUGAAGCCCUCCGGAUACUCAAUGUCCCCCAAUGACGAUAUAUCAACAUUCGCCCCUUCUAGGUGGAGCUUCAAUCCACCUCCAUGGCGACCAACCUCCAAUCAACCUCCGCCCACCUACGAUCCGAAUGAAGAACCGGAUCCAAUGCAGCUCGAUCCCAUACUAGCUGCAGCACCAACUGCCUCAGCUGGUGCUGCUACUGGCACUUCCAAUCCUGCCAGCGGAGUAGCUCAGGGAUCAAGUAACGGGGGCAUAGACCUCGCAGCAAUUGCUAUGAGUCAGGAGGCUACAGAUGUAUGGGAGGCAUCCACGAAUGCAGCAAUGCCUCCGGGUUUUGACGACGACGACGAAGACGAGGAAGAUUAA